CUCUCUCUCUCCCCUCCUUCUCUCUCUUGCAUUUUUUGCAAGUGAUAAUUCAUUACAACAUCGUGAUCCAAUGGUGGCAAGCUAAAAGUGGGGGUUCACUCUCACUAUUCACAGUCGCAACCAUCUUCUCUCUCCCUCUUUCUUUCUCUCUCUCUCUCUCUUUCUCUCUCUUUAUCUCUCUAUCUCUUUCUGACGCUCGAAAUAUCGCGAGGUUACCUCGCGAGUGCACCUUUCGAGUUUGUCAAGCCCGCGAGUGGCAAACAGUCGAGCCUUGUACGGCAGUGUAAGAAACUAUUCCAGAAUUUCCUUUUCUUUGAUUUAGUGAAAAAUCCGUGACCAUGGAUGAUGUUACGGAAAACUUCGCCGAUGUCCAUGCGGAUGUUAGCUGCGAUACAAAUUAUGUGCCCUCCGCUAUCGAACUUAUAGAAAGUUUGGAUGCGUUGGGUACCGGAUUGCUGAGUGUCGGAUCGAUAUUCUCAGUUCUCACAAUAUAUUUCGCUGUCGAUGCAUGUCACAAUAUCGUCUACCAGAAGAAUUCAAAAUUUUACAAAGGGAAUGCCAUCGUGAUCCUAUCAGUAUAUCCGGUCGCGAGCGUAUGCAGCCUUAUGGCGAUUGCGAUACCAAGGGGUCAGUUACUAUCGGAGGCAGUAACCCAAAUGUUCCUAACAAUCUCAUUUUAUCGGCUCUAUCUUCUCCUGCUGGACGUCGGUCGCCGAAGGAUCAGCGAGACGCCGGCGCUGAUGCUACGAGUCGGGCCCUGUUGCUGCUGGCCCUGUCUGCCCUUUCCGAACCUUCAGAUGACCGAUGCCAAUUUGUCUUGGCUAAGAAUCUUGGCCCUACAGCUUCCUAUGGUCCAGGGUCUUCUCUAUUUCAUAUUCCUUUUCAUGAAAGCCGAGGAACCGAUUCUUGCCACACAAUAUGGCGUAUAUCUUCAGCCGGUCAUGGUAAUCAGUAUACUCUUAGGAAUAUAUAGUUUAACUAUUGCUACAAAGACUCUACAUGCGGUAGCUCCAGAGGCCAACUUACAUUUCAAGACAUUGGUGACGCAAUUGGUGCUGUUGUUCUCUAAACUACAGGCGGGCAUUAUUAAGCUACUGCCCGCCACAGGCCUUUUUCCGUGCAAUCCACCUCUCACUCCGGAAAUUUACGCCAGCGUGACGUACAACUCACUAAUGUUAUUCGAAAUGUUAUUACUAUGCUACGCUGCUCGGCAUGUAUAUUACGUUGAUCCGGAGAAAAAUCAAGAACAGGACGCAAUAGAUCGGAUGCCGAAAACAACGGGUCAAGACCCGACAAAUAGCAACGAUAGCAACAAGUAACUUCCAAUGAUAUCAAUCGCGUAAACUUUCAAACUGGCGACAUCGGAAAUGUCAACUGUAUAUAUUAUUUAUGUCGAAAAAAAACUUUCAUCGAUGAAAAAUUCGUCUCUCAAUGUUUUAAUCAACAUACAUCGAUCGAUAUAAGUAAAAUAAGACGAUAUUGAUCGAUGUAAAAACGGGAUUAUGUAGAUGUAGAACAUAUUGGGUUCUUCUAGAUAGUUUAACUUUUAGCCCUAUUUUUACAAAUCCUCUUUCUACUUCUGCAUCAUAAGCUCCCUUAUGUAAAUAUCAUUAUUAUAAUUAUAAUUGUUAUUAAUUAUCACAAGAAAUAUUAUUAAUUACUAGAACGGUAAUAUAAGAGGCUCACACACGAGGUAGAAAUCGGCACACGAAAGUCGAUCAUACUCGAUUUUAGACUGACUUUCUCUCUCUCUCUCUCUCUCUUUAUAUAUAUAUAAAAUUCUGCAAAUCUCGAUCUUUAAAUUAGUGUUUUCUUUCAUUGCUGAUAGUAAUUCUUAGAAUCAAUUAGAAGAAAUGUUACAUGCUUUCCAUUCUUUUAAUCAUCAUUGCGCGCCAUAUAUAACUCUUAUAAAUUCUAUUUUUAGAGAAAGAAAUAUAAAUAGCAAUAUAUAUAUAUAUAUAUAUAUAUAUAUAUA